AACAAAAAAGUCUCUGCCUCAGUCUCUGUCCAUUCCCUUCCUUUGUGCAGUGUGUUCCAUCUGCAGGGUAGCGAAAAAUUCUCGCGCGAGUGGCAGACACCUAUUUUGACGUCGACGCCUUUCUCGCUCUCGCCUGGCCCCGCCCGCGGCUCAGCGGCAGCGCAGCUGCUCAGCAUUCUGGCUGCCAGUGCUUUCAUUGCGUUAACAUCACUCGCAGCCCACAGGCCGCAGCGGCACAGCCUCGCCCUCGCAGUCAGAGUUCAGCCAACACAAAGAGAGGACGUGGAGUCGUGGACCAGCAGCAUGGCCUGGGAUCUUCACGUGCACGGGCUGGCUGCUGCAUCCUUAUCCCAGUGGAACGAAGCCUUUGAAGAAACAGCCAAGUAUAUUUCUAAAAGGCUGCACUCUGAGGGAGAUUUUGAGGAAACAGAUGAAAGAACAAAAAGAAGUAAGUUAAAUGAUGAGGAACGCCAGGUUGAAGAACCUGCAAUCAGUGAGGCAGUUCUUAAAGAAUUCAAUGACUCAUACCAGAGGAUUCCAAUUCCUUUAGACCCUUCAUCAGCUCUAGACUCUGACUGUGAACAAGAAGACCCAGAAGAGGAAGUUGCCAAAGGACAAGACUUCUUGGUUCAAGAUUCCCCUGAAGAGGCAAGAUUUAGUGUUGAACAAAAAUUCUUACUGGAAAUGCCAAGUGACUUUUUUGACUUCUGGGAAUGUUGUACAAAUAUUAACAAAGAAAAGCCAGAAGAGGCAUUGCUGAAGGCUGGUCUGACACUAGUGGGUCCAUAUGAUGUUUUAACAGGGAAACUGAAGAAGAUAAAAGAGAGAAAAGUAUCUCACUAUGUUUGUCAUUGGAGAUACUACUAUGAUCCUCCAGAAUUUAUGACUGUGAUAGCCGGAGAUAAGGAUGAAUUCCACAUUGGAUAUUAUCGUGAUGAUCCAUUUCACUUGCCUUGUUUUGUGGCAUCAAUGUCCACUGUUAAACAAGGGCAGAUUAUACCCUUGGGAGAAAAUAUAUUUGCUGGAGUCUGUUCUUACUUAAAGCAAAGGAUGAAGGAAGAAAAUCCUUUCAAGAAAGCUCCUUUACAGAGACUUUACAAGGAAGUAGAGUCUUUUGCAAAGAAGAACGAUUACUCCCUGUUGUCUGUCACCAAACAUAUGAAGAAGAGGAAUAAGAAGGUGGUGGCCAAGACCUUCCAUGGUGGCGGCAUUGUGGUUCCUGUAGAGAAUGAUGUGGGUUACAGAGAGCUUCCUGAAACAUAUGGGAAUCUGAAGAAGAUGCUACAGAAGGUGGUAGACUCCAAAACUGAGGAUGAACAGAUGAAGAACUUUGAUGCUAUUCAAGAAAUUAUAACUAAUGUGCAGUUUGCCUUUGAUGAAGGAGACAGUGGUACAGGCAUUGAGCUUGGACUGAACCUCUUCACCUUUGGAGGAGAGGUGUUCCACAAACCCUUAUUGCACCUGCUGAGUGUUGGUUAUGACUUGCUAGAAAGGGACCCUUUCAUUGACAUAUUACAGGCUCAUCUCAGAAACAGACGGCGAGGUAGUCAGAUGAGCAUCCUGGACCCUGAUAGUUGAGGUGUUGUCUCUAGUGCCUUGUUUACUGGAGUCACUUGUGUUGUAUGUCAGAAAAUUUUCAGUUCCUCUUAAUCUAAUAUUGAAACUUACACCUUAAUUUCUGCAACUUUUUAGUAUUUAUGGCCAUGUGGUAAAGACAUGCCACAUUCAUAUAGGUAUACUUUGUAAAAACCAUUACUUGAUUGAGAUGGUUUAAGUAAAAUAGUUUAUUAAUUUGUUUUGAGACUUUUUUUUUUUUUUUUUUUUUUUAUGUCUUGUGUAUUUACAAGUCAAAAGGAUUGACUGCAAAGUGAAAAAAAAAAAAGUAAGUUCCUAUGUUACAUGUCACUCUCAUGUUUUUCUCAUCUAUCUUCAUUGCACAGUCCAGGUAUGUAUUUGCCUAAACUUUUUUCUUUUUAACCAACCUUCCAGCCUAAUAUAUACCUUUUCUUUCUCUCAUUCAUACUUUUAUACAUUUCAAUUGUUUGAGAGUGAUUAGAGUGUCUUGUCUCACUUCCCCCUAUCACUUCACAGGGUUUAUAUGUACUUUGCUUGUGUUUUCAUAUUAAAUUCUGAAAUAGUUCACCUUGACUGCCUUUAUUUUAUUUUAUUGUAUUCAUUUAUUUUCUCCUACCAUAUACAUAUAUCCAUACCAUACCAUAGACAAUGCAUUAUCCAUACAUACAUACUUUUUGUGAUGAUAGUGAAUUAUGUUUAAGCAUUAUGAGUAAAUUUCUCUUACGUGUUACGUAAUGACUAGACGUAGUGACUAGACUGAUAAAUAAAUUUUUGUAAGGUAUUG